AUGGUUACUGUUGUUCUAGUUACUGGAGUUUCCAGAGGCAUUGGUAGUGCCAUUGUAGAUUUAAUCUUUAAGUAUGAGGCGGACGCCGUGGUGCUGGGGGUGGCACGCAGUGAAUCGGCGUUGCAGGAUCUGAAAACCCGAUUUGGCAAGAAAUUCGAGUAUUUGGCGGCAGAUGUCACGGAUUCGCAGCGGACAAAACGGUUCGUUGAGGAGAUGGUCGCGAAACAUGGCAGUCUUGAUGGAAUUAUUGCUAAUGCUGGAGUUUUGGAUCCGGUACAGGACGUCAAUGGGUUGAACUCGGAAGAUUGGAAACGUCUUUUCGACGUCAAUUUUUUUAGCGUCGUGUCACUCGUCAGCACGACGAUACCAUUUUUGAAGAAAUCGCACUUGGGCAACAUUGUGUUUGUGAGUUCUGGCGCCAGCGUCAAACCAUACUAUGCCUGGGGAGCGUAUGGAUCGUCGAAAGCGGCUUUAAAUCAUUUUGCACAGACCAUUAACGCAGAAGAACCGGCUGUCAAUGUCAUUUCCGUGGCUCCAGGUGUUGUAGAUACGUCAAUGCAGGACGAUAUUCGGAAUACUUUCGGUCCAAGGUCCAUGACUCCUGAAGCGCUAAAGAGAUUUGCAGACUUGAAAGCACAUGGGCAGUUGCUCAAGCCACAAGUACCUGCCGCGGUUUACGCGUUAUUGGUGCUCAAGGGCAUCCCACAUCAGCUGAAGGGAAAAUACGUUCGGUACAAUGACGACGCUCUCAAGGACUACCAAAUUUCGCCGUAA